UCCGAGCACUUAGAUGCGAGCGGCAACUUCACCGGUAGCCCAGCGCGCCCCGCCGCCUGUCGCCCACAACAGCCCGCAUCAUCAUCACCAUCAUCAUCAUCAUCAUCACCACCUUCAUCAUCCUCAUCAGCAUCAGCAGCAGCAGCAUCAGUGUGAUGAAGCAGCGGAGGACGGAGACCUUCCUGCUCUGAGACACUGGAUCAGCCCGCAGACAGGAUGACUGAGGUGAUGAACUCUCUGGAGCCCGGGACGGAGGACUUCAGCGGGGGAGGAGCAGGAGGAGAUCAGGGCACAAUCUUCCCAGAUACCCAUGAAAGGUAUCCAAAGUUGUCCAAGAGGCUUCCCUCCAUCGUGGUGGAGCCGACGGACGGCGCCGAGGUGGAGAGCGGAGAGCUCCGCUGGCCACCGGACGAGCCGAGCUCUCCGGAGGCCCAGACUGAGAGACAGAGUCUGGGGGAACAAACUGCAGACGAGGGAGAGUCGAGUGUCGGCGUGGAUGAGGAGGCCUCAGGGGCGGAGAUGCAGGACUCCAACUGAACAAAACUCUCCUAACCAGCGAAAUCCACUGUUACUGUGAGUGUGUCCAGACUUGGAAGAAUUUAAAAAAUAAAAACAACAACAGAGUUCAGUAGAGACACAUGGUGUGGAUAGAAAGCAUCGCACAGAUCAGAGGAGGAAGGGUAGAAAAACAGAUUCCCAAACCCCAGCUCACGAUGGGGGCUUGGAGCCAGAGUCGAGUCGGCACCUUCAGAAUAAAUUUACAGAAGGGGAUUUUCUUUUCACGACCUGGUGAAGGAGCUUUUCCAGACAUAUGUACGCAAAUAAAGAUGAUUGAAGGGACCAAGUUGACAUCCUGAACCUUUUUUUUUUUUGCCUUUUGUCUGCUUGGAAAUGAACAAAAGAUGCUAUAACUGUAACAGCAGACAUGUAUUUAACGUCAGAAAUCCCUCUGUCACAUUCCAGCUUUGUGAUUUUGAUAUAAAUACACGUUUUAAAUUUGAUAUAUUAAACAAAUUUUGUCUCUCUCUCUGGCUCCAAGCCCUCGCUGUCCAGAUGCCCACGAUAUCAUCUGCACAUCUGAUCUGGACAGAUGUUUCUAAAUGCUGUCUUAAGUAUUUAGCUCAUGUGUGCCAUACUACUACUACUAAUGGUAGCUACUGUAUUUUGUGCACAGUUUUUACAUUAACUUUAGAUGUAAAUUACAUCACUGUUUGUUAAGUGCUCACUGCUGUAGUUUGGUGAUCUUGGUCUCACUAUUCACUUUGUAAUAAUAGCUACGAUGUUUUAAAGAGCGGUAUUUGAUUAGGAACAAAUUCAUCACUUUAUUCGAUGUUAUUACAUUCUCUAAUAUAUUAUAUAAUAUGUAAGUAUUGUCUUCAUACAGUAGGUGUUAAAGGGAAUGUAAUCGUGUUUUACUUAAAGAUAUUGGAGCAAUAUGUUCACAGGAAUUUAAAGGCAGUCCAUUUUGUAACAGACUACAGAAGUAAAAAGAUCCAGUAUAUUUUAGAUGUGUGUUGCUUGUCACAGACAUGAUAUUUUUUAAAAUUACUGGAAGCCUAAAUUAUUGCACAAGUAAUAAACCUUUUCAAAAAUUCUUAAAA